CCGAGACCUACUGAAAGCAGAACCAGGACCCCCCGGGACCGGACCGGGCCCCCCCCGCGAUGUUGCUCCCCCGCCAGCCGGCGGCUCCUGGCCCUGCUGCUCCCCGAGCGCGGGCGGUGGGCGCUCGUGGGUGCCUCGGUGAGGUGGCCGGCCCCUACUUCACGGGCCACGUCGCUGACCGGGUGAUGCGGGAGGAGGACGCGUGGGCGGCCGUGUGGCCCUUGGUGGCGCUGGGGCUCGGCAGCGCCCUGGCCGAGCUGGGCUGUGACGGAGCGGCGGCCGCGGCGCUGACCCGGGCUCGGGGGCGGCUCCAGCGCGGCGCGGUGGCCGCGGUGCUGCGGGGGGAUGCGGCCGGACCGGGGGGCGUCCUGGGGGACACUCCGGCCGCGGUGGCAGCGCGGGUGACGGGGGAUGCGGCGGCGGCCCAUGGGGCUCUGGCCGACGAGCUGGUGCCGGCGCUGUGGGCGCUGGCCCGGGCAGGGGCUCUGCUGGCCGUGAUGGGCUCGCUGGCCCCGCUGCUGGCCCUGGGCACCCUCCUGCUGCUGCCCCUGCUCCUGCUGCUGCCGCGCCGCGUGGCCGCCACCCAGCACGUACCGGGGGGGGGGGGUCCUCUUGUCACCCCUGUGUGCUCAGUGCCACCUUCCUGCACCCCCUGUCCGCACUAGGCUUCCCCUCAGCGCUUCCCCCGAGCCUUUUUGUCACCUCCCUCUGUAACCUGUACCUUUGUCCCUGCACACCCCCCCCCACCCCGGUCACUCUUCUUGUCCCCUCCCUGCAGCCCAUAUCACCUCCCUGGGCCCCUUGUCCCCUCCCUGCAGCCCUGGUCACCUCCCUGGGCCCCUUGUCCCCUCCCCUGCACCCCUGGUCACCUCCCUGCACUGUGUGCCCCAUUGUCACCUCCCAAAGCCGCUUGUCCCCACCCCAGGUCCUGUCCGAGUCCCUCGUGUCCCCUCCUGGUGCCUGCUGUCACCUCCCCAUGCCCACUGUCACCCUCUCCUGUCCCCUGUGCCCUCCCUGCCUCCCAUCUGCACGUGUGGUGACCUCCCUGUCCCCAGGGUGACCCCCUCAAUGAUCCCACGUGGUGACCCUGCAGUGACUCCCGUGUAACCCCCGUGUGCUCUCUGUGACCCCCCCCAUGAUCUUGUGGUGUUCCCUCUGUACCCUCCAGCCCUGUGGUGACCACUCUGUCCCCUCUCUGUACAGACCCUCCGUGCCCUCCAUCCCUGUGGUGACCCCCCUGUCCCCCGUGUCCCCAGGGUACCCACUGUCCCCCGUGUGGUGACACCCGUGGUGACCCCUGUGUGGUGUCCACUCUGUCCCCUCCCUGUCCCCACCCUGUCCACCCUCCAUGCCCUCCAUCCUUGUGGUGACCCCAGUGUCCCCAGGGUACCCCCUGUCCCCUGUGUGGUGACCCCUAGUGGUGACCUCCCGUGGUGACUCCAUGUCCCUAGGGUAGCCCCUGUCCCCUCUGUCAUGACCCCCCAUGGUGACGCUGUGUCCCCCAUGUGGUGACCACGUGUGGUGACCCCACUGUCCCCCUGUGGUAACUCCCCGUGAUGACCCCUGUGGUGACCCCGUGUCCCCAGGAGCUGGCGAGGGGGGCGCAGGAGGCUCUGGCCGGUGCCACCGCAGUGGCCCUGGAGUCGCUGGGGGCCCUGGGGACUGUCCGGGCCUUCGGCCACAAGGCCGGAGUGACCACCCAUGUCCGGCAGCGCCUGAGCCACGGCCACCACCUGGAGAGCAGAGAGGCCCUGGCAUACAGGGUGGCUCACUGGGCCAGCGGGGUACGGGGACACAGGGAGGACACGGGG